ACGUCCCAUUGGAAAUGAGCUGUGCGUAAAGCAGUACUGGAGUUAGAUCGUCGGGGUCCCGCACACAGCUGACUUCUCUUCUGGUGUUCUUCUCUGAAAGCUGAAGACUUUGAAGAUGAGGGUGUGGAUCGUCUUCCUCCUUUGCCUGGCUGGCCACGCCAGGGCUGCUCCUGCUGAUGAGGAGCCCAUCGUGGAAGAGCCUGGGACUGAGGAGCCAGUUGUUGAGGAGACCGAAGUGGGGGCCAAUCCAGUGCAGGUUGAGAUCGGAGAGUUUGACGAGGCCAUCGACAUUGUUGAGGAUGUUGUCACUGAGAAUGCCUGUCUGAACUACCACUGCAAGAAGGGCAAAGUGUGUGAGGUGGAUGAGAGCAACACUCCCAUGUGUGUGUGCCAGGACCCCUCUUCCUGCCCACCGGUGGAAGGAGACUUUGAGCAUAUUUGCGGCACUGACAACAAGACCUACGAGUCCUCCUGCCACUUCUUUGCCACCAAGUGCACCCUGGAGGGAACCAAGAAGGGCCACAAGCUGCACCUCGACUACAUCGGCUCCUGCAAACUCAUCGAGCCCUGUCUGGACAGCGAGCUGACAGAGUUCCCGCUGCGUAUGAGGGACUGGCUGAAGAACGUUCUGGUGACGCUGUACGAGCGCGACGAGGACAACAACCUGCUGACCGAGAAGCAGAAGCUCAGGGUGAAGAAGAUCUACGAGAACGAGAAGAGGCUUCAGGCCGGUGAUCACUCCCUGGACCUGCUCGCCCACGACUUUGAGAAGAACUACAACAUGUACAUCUUCCCCGUCCACUGGCAGUUCGGCCAGCUUGACCAGCACCCCGUCGACGGAUAUCUGACCCACACAGAGCUCGCCCCUCUGCGCGCGCCUCUCAUUCCCAUGGAGCAUUGCACCACCCGCUUCUUUGAGCAGUGCGAUGCUGACGCCGACAAAUACAUCGCCCUGGAGGAGUGGGCCACCUGCUUUGGCCUCAAGGACCAGGAUGUGGACAAAGAUCUCAUCAUCUGAGUCGCUCUGACCCGCAGCAGCAGUAUGAUGUCUCUUAUUCGCUACUAACGGGAAAAGGUGCUGAUCCCUAAGUUAAACAAACAAAUGACAGUAACGGUGCUAAUUGCAUUUCUAUUUUUUAUUUCUCAAAUAACGGUCUUUCCUACCUAUACCACUAAAAUCAAUUAGAAGAGAGAAAUGUGCACAGCCUGUACUAACCCGAUGUGUUUACGGAUCUUUGGAUCGUCCACGUGUGGAACAAAAAGCUCCUGUAAAAAACAAAAGACCUCUGAUGUAAAUCUACGUGCUGCCAGUGUUGUAUUCAUGCUGCCAUGUGUUCGGGGCUUUAAUUGGAGAUGGCUUUGAAGUGUUGUGAGCGGACAAAGCUGUAAAUUGACAAUAAAGUUUGGAAAUAAAUGCUCCCUCUGCUUGCUUCCUACUAAAAUGAGCUGUUUAGUUUUUGCACUCUUUCGGUGGUGGACUCUCUUUUUUUUUUUGUCAUUUGAUGUAUUUUGGUUUUUGAUCUUAUGACUACUGCUACACCAGUACAUUGAAAGCAAUAAAGAGGAUAUAUUGUUAUGACGAGGGGAAAAUCUCGCAGGCUGAGAGUUUUUCUCAUGUUUCUACUGACGCUGAGAGCCGGAGCGAUCUCUUAUCCAUGAAUAAAAAACUAUGAAAAGA